AUAUACCGUCGAUCAUGGGUUCAAUGCAUAUUUUGUGUGCGAUCUGGCUGUUAUUUGUUAUUAUCAACUUAAACGAGUGCAACAGAACUAAAACGGAUGUUAUAUCUGACGUUGCUUCUGCGGUCUAUGAAGAGCGCUUAAAUGAGACGCGAUUAGAAUACCAGCGUCGUGUACGGGAUCCCAACAAACACAUCUCAAUCCGUUUGCUGCGUUACUUUGUGUUUGGUGGUAUACUACAGGCGAUAUCCGAGGAUACGGGGAUCAGCCGUACUGAGCUAGUAACCGGUGGUGCUAGCACGCGACAGGAUCAGUACAGUGGUAAAGGGAUUGAAGGGAUUCACGCUGCGCACGUUAUUCGCGUAAGCUCUAUCAACGAAAAACUGAAGAAAGAAAAUGAAUCACUCUACACAGCAUUGGCAAACUAUAUCGGACACACACAAAACGUGGUUAAGGACGUAAAUGUUUGGAGAGGCAUCGGAGGUAAUAUAGACCUUUUCCAAUCAAGCAAUCUGACCCUUUUAGCUAAAAUCGAUUUUAGUGGUAAGUUAACUGAUCUGAAUAAGGAUAUUGUUUUAGUACUACAAGCCACAUUUCGCAAAAUUGUUGAUACAUAUGUACUAAUGAAAUCAUAUAAAACAAGUGACACGUCGAAGAAAAAAGAGCUUGAAGAUAUGAAGGAAACGGUUUAUUUGGUAAACGAGAGGAUGUUGUUUGAAAAUGGCACUGCCGGAUAUAUAAUGGUAAAGGAUGGAAACUUUACAAAACGCUACAAUAGAAAAAGAAGCCGCAGUAACGGUUAGCAAGAAGAACUAUUGAUUGUUCUUUGAUUUACAAAUGGAUCGAUUUGCAUACAGAAACGGAAACUUUAAAAAAUAUAUUUUAUCAGCAGUU